AUGACUACCCGAUUUUGCACCUGCUCAGCGCCGCAAUGCGAUAGCCCCAGCUGCCUGGAUGCGCAUAUCAGGACCGCGCGGCAGAAGGUCCUCCUCCACAACCUCCGACAGUUAAUCAACGACGCGGCUGUGUGCAGCAUAGCAUCUCGCCUCAACGGCAAUAGACGCUGCCAAAUCGAGCAUAAUUUGGAGGUCGAGUCCGAAUAUCUCCUCAACUACCAAGCCCGCAUUCGCUUCGACGAUGGUUCACCACUUUGGCUCAUGCGCGUGCCAUUUGUCACUUCUUACACGAGUUCUCCUCCACCCCUCGUCGACUAUAUCAUCCAGAGUGAGUACGCAACCUUAAUGUUCCUCGCACAAACACGCGUUCCGGCCCCUCGAGUCCGCGCAUACGGCACAUGGACACAAAAUCACCAGGUUGGCGUCCCCUUCAUUCUGACGGAAGAGUUGCCGGGUAAGAAAUGGAGCCGUGAAUCGGCAACAGCGGCCGAGAAACGCAAAGUUUGGAAGAGUCUUGCCAAGAUCAUGGUACAAAUCGAACAACACCCAUUUACCCAAGCAGGAUCAUUAAUGGUACUGGGUGAAUACUACAGAAUUUGGCCGCUUGCAAGUGACAGGUCUCGUGUUCUAAUGCCCGAGGGCCCGUUUCCGAACGCAAGAGCAUACUACACAGCCUUUGUGGACCAGCAUCUGGAACUCAUCGCAGACAGACAGCUCUAUACAGAAUAUCCCAUCAAGGCAUACCUCGUAUACAGGUUCUUAAAGGACAACAUCGCACAGUUGAUACCACCAGAUGAAGGGUCCGCUCCCGAACAGUUUUUCAUCAAACAUGUAGAUGAUGUGGGCGACCACUUGCUUGUCGACGCAGACCUCAACAUUACUGGCAUCAUUAACUGGCAAAUGGCACGGGUUGUCCCCCGUCGAGAGGCGUUCGGGCUGUCCCUCCUUACCGCGAGCACUGGUAACCUGUACGGCGGCCAGGUGUCACUGGGCAAUGACGACAUUGCCUUCGCCGACGCCAUGCGCGAGGAAGGCGUAUACGCGUGCUGCAGUCAGCCGGCCCUGGUUGACGAAAAGGUCCGACGCUUCUUCUGGGGUCUGGCCCCGGACCUUGAGCCCACCUGGUUCUACGCGCAGCCUUUAGCUCAGGCGAUUCUGAAGGUGUUUGGUGUUAAUACGGUCUGGGAAGAAUGGCAAUUAAUGGCGCUGAAACAGUACAGCAAUGAUUUACUGCUGCGAAAGCUUCUUUGCAGAUUAUGA